AUGCCCGGCCUUAGAGCUGAAGUAUUGCGUGCAUACAAUGUGUCUGACACAUUGGAUAAAAUAGUUGAUAUCAUCUCUAGUCAUAAGCACAAUAUCACAGAAUCUUAUAGUGCACAAUUUGAUAGCUUAAUGGAGAAGAUCGGUGAGCUUCAGUUGAGCAAGGGGACUUUAGAGGGAGAUGUUUCAGAGAAACUUGAUGUUUAUGCCCGUGCAAACAAGGAGGUUGCUGUCACUUGUAAUCAUCUGCGCAGUAUCUCAAAGACUGAUAGUGAACAAACCCCUAGGUUAGAGCGGAAGAUAGCACAAAUGACUAAUCGGAUUGCAAGUAUCAAAAGGAUUAUUAUCAGUCAGAAUGAGGACAUUGAAAUAGUGAAUAAAUUGCCAACAGCCACAUUGAUUGAUCCUAGAAUCACUAUUGCAUGGUGUAGGAUGUAA